AAUGUUCCCAGUGUCAGUCGCGAAUGUCAGCUGUUCAGUUCAAUAUGGAAUGAUGGAAUGAUAGCAGUGCAGUCACUUGUAGGAAUUCUCUCUGGCAGGAAUCUCGUGUAAAAAGCAGAGAGUAAAACAGUUACGUUAACAAAAGGUUCCACCGAUUUAUGCAAAAUCUAGCACGCAACGUGGAUGUAUUGACACAAGGACUAAAAUACGGCAUAUCCGGACUCAUGAACCUCGCAAAUCAGACCGCGGAACCUCAGAGUGGUGUUUUCUUUGUUAACUUCAAUCAGGACUGCACAUCUUUGACCGUUGGUUCGAAGACUGGUUACAAACUCUUUUCCCUCAAUUCUGUUGACCACUUGGAAAAGAUACAUGAAAAUGAUACCAAGGAUAUAUGUAUCAUUGAACGAUUGUUCAGCAGCAGCUUGGUUGCUCUGGUCAGCCUCUCUUCACCACGUAAACUCAAAGUUUGCCAUUUCCGAAAGGGAACGGCAAUAUGUAACUACAGCUAUUCAAACACGAUUUUGGCCGUGAAGCUUAACAGAGCGAGAUUGGUAGUAUGUCUGGAAGAAUCGUUAUAUAUUCACAAUAUACGUGAUAUGAAAGUUUUGCACACAAUUCGCGACACGCCACCAAAUCUGGCUGGUCUCUGUACGCUCUCAAUAAACAGCGACAAUUGCUACCUUGCCUAUCCCGGAUCAAACACUAUUGGAGAAGUUCAAAUAUUUGAUGCCAUCAAUCUCCAAGCUAAAACAAUGAUUCCUGCACACGACAGCCCUUUAGCAGCACUCGCUUUUAAUCCCAAUGGUACCAAAGUAGCAACAGCUUCGGAAAAGGGCACAGUUAUCAGAGUAUUUCAUGUGCACGACGGUACUAAACUGUUUGAAUUUCGCCGUGGCGUUAAAAGAUGUGUAUCCAUCAGCAGUCUCGCUUUCAGUAUGGAUUCGAUGUUUCUGUGCUGCUCCAGUAAUACCGAGACUGUUCAUAUUUUCAAAUUGGAAGAACCAAAGGAGGCAGCUCGACAACCACCGGAAGAAGCACAGAGCUGGAUGGGUUAUCUGUCGAAGGCUGUCACAGCGUCAGCUACUUAUUUGCCUGCCCAAGUCUUUGACGUCUUUAAUCAAGGGCGUGCAUUUGCUAGUGUACACCUUCCCUUCCAAGGAGUGAAAAAUGUUUGUGCCAUCACUACAAUACAAAAGGUGCUGAGGUUGUUGGUUGCCAGCGCGGAUGGAUAUCUCUACGUGUACAAUUUAGAUACAAAUGAAGGAGGUGAUUGCACCCUUUUGAAGCAACACAGAUUGGAUGGAAAACAAGAUGAAGUAGAUGGCGCUAGUGUGUCCACUACCGGCUCAACUUCUGGCGAAGCGUCGGCAUCUGUACCUGUGCCAGCGCAGACAGUACAAAUCUCAGCCUGCAUAAAUAGCUACGCGGGUGCGUUGCGCGGCCGCUCGCCAGACUCCAUGUCAGGUACUGCAGAGGAGAAAGGGAUCCCGGUACCAGUACCUAAUACGGAACGAUCAAUUGUAGAAUCCGAAAAAUAUCACGAGAUGGUAGCUGCCACCGAGAGUCCACCGAAGGGUGGAUUUCGUCUGGACGAUGACACUGAGUUCCCACCCGUGACGCAAAGAACCGAUUGAAGAGAAUAUUUCGAAGAUUCUGACAUAUCAAGGAAAACUGAGAAAGUUGCGACGACAAAAAAAAAGAGGGAGGACAUCACACAAAAAAAAUAUAAAAUACGUUAUAAACUGAUCGAGUGACGAAAAAAAAUAGACAAUGGGUUUUAUGAAGGGAAAAGAGAUUUUUAAAAACAUGCAAAGUGGACCAUAUUGCGGUAGCUUGGUUUUUUUUUUUUUUUUAGUUGCUUGAACGGCAACGACAUUGUUGGUCUCAAGGAUUGCCUAGAAGACGCUGGGUAUGGAUGAAAUUGUCCAUGAGAUGUACUAUUUACAAUGCUAGACACAAUGUAUGCACGUGGGAUAUAAGGCACGUUACAGCGGCCAGCUAAGAGAUACGUUUUACUGUGUACCAAACAAUCUUUGGAACUGCAUUUUUACUUCUGAAUUAAUUCUUACUUUAGAUUUACUUCGAAAAGGAUAUUCAAAAUCGGUGCCAAUUAGUAGAUCUACUCAGGCUGAGGCGCGUGGGCCUUAACGUCGUUUUGCGAAAAAAAAGUUGAUUGAUAUAAAGCAAACUUGUAUAUUAAUUAGAGCACUGUGUUUUAUCGUAACUGUAAUCCCUAUGUAACCAAAUGAACAUAUAAUUUGAAUUACCGUAAUUUUCCGAAUAGACCGGAACAUACGGGAGUUUAGUUAAUAAAAAUGCUAGGCCAGUGUCAUAGGUCUACGAUGUCCUUCGACAAUUUUAUACUAACACUUGUCUCGUUUGGUAAAUAGUUUUACUUUUAUAAAAAUGAAUAAAAUGCUAAUUAACCAGUGUACAUACGAAGGCUUACUGUAUUGAUGUUACUCUAUAUAAUUUCAUAUUAUCGAUAAUACGUGAUUACACUAAUAAAUACGAUAUGGAUUUCAA